CCAAAAAUAGUGUCUCCCUUUUCCUCUACAUACAAACAUGUUUCCUCUUCACUCUUAAUCGACUGACCUUGUCCGUGCUCACAGAUCAUUAAAAUGAUUUUGCAUCGCUCCACCUCUCCACCCUCUUCUCAGAAUAAAUACCAUACCAGGCUUUCCACUCACUCCAUCCAUACCGAACCAUGGAGAACCUCAAGAACGCCACCAUUGCCUUGCUCGCCCCCCUCCCUUCCCUCCUCUUCUUCCUUUCUUUCCUCCGCUGCCACCACCACCACCACCUUCCUUACCCUUCCUCCUCUCCUCCUCCGGACACCACCACCCCCAACCUCUGGAACUGGUGCUACCACCACCCUUUCCUCCUCGCCAACCUCCUCUUCUUCUUCAACGUCGACAUCCUGUUCUGGCUCAUCGGCCUCCUCCAGUCCAACAACUGGAUGAUUGAUCUAUACUGGAUGGUGAUCCCUGUGCUUCUGGUCCACUACUACGCUAGCCACCCGCUGGCGGUCGCCGACGCCGUGAGAUCCGCGGUGGCGGUGGCGCUGACAUGGGUGUGGAGCGCCCGGCUGACCCACAACUACUUCAGGAGGGAGAGGUGGCAGUGGGGAGCGAGGGAGGACUGGAGGUUUAAUGAGAUGAGGAGGGAAUAUGGGAGGCACUGGUGGUGGGUCUCCUUCUUCACCGUCUACCUCUCCCAGCAGGUCUUUUUGAUUGGCAUAUGCCUACCAAUGUAUGCUAUCCACUCAAGUGAUGCACCCUGGAACUUGUGGGACUCCAUUGCUACAAUUGCCUGCAUAACUGGUAUACUUUUUGCCUACUUUGCAGAUACACAGCUCUAUGAUUUUGUAAGCAGAAAUGAAACCUUGAAGGAGCUUGGUGCACCCUUGAUGCCUAACCUUGACGAAGGUCUCUGGUGGUAUUCUCGCCACCCAAAUUACUUUGGGGAACAGCUGUGGUGGUGGGGUCUGUUUCUCUUUGCUUGGAAUAUAGGACCAGGAUGGAUGUUUAUCGGGCCACUUGUGAAUAGCUUGUGCUUGGCAUAUGUUACGGUGCUUGUCGAGCAGCGGAUGUUGAAGAAAGAAUAUAGGGCCGAAGCUUAUAGGCAGUAUCAGAAAACAACAUCAGUGUGGAUCCCUUGGUUUAAGAAAAGUACCAAAGAACCAAAGGAGAAGGAUAUCUGAGGAUUGAGAUCAUCAGUCUUUUAAUUAUCUGCUCAUUUCUUCUGAUUCUUGGUUUUCAGUUUUCCUUUGUAAUAUCUGUGUCAUCAAAAUGCUGUACUACAAUUUCUACCAAAAAAAAAAAUCCUGUACUACAAAAAAUGUCUCUAGUAAUGUACUACCUUUUCGCAUAAUGGAUGAUAACAUUUGAAGGCUAA